UUCCCCGAGCAGCUGUGACCUUUUUCAAGCCUAGAGGUUUUAAUUUGGAAGGUCUGUAAAAUUCCAGAGCUAGUAGACUGCAAGAUAGGUCUGCUGGGCAGAAGAAAGCAGCAGCUUUUUAGAGGAAAUGGUAGAUGCAAAUUAUGGGCUAUUCAGACAGUGAAAGCGACUCUUCUGAAAGACAGCGCUACUUAUCCGGAAGCAGCGAUGAAGAUUAUGGACUUGAAGCUGGAAAAAACUCAGAGGAAGAUGUCAGGACAGCCAAUGUUAUUGCUGCUGAAGCUGUAACAUGUCUUGUCAUCGACAGAGACUCAUUCAAACAUUUGAUUGGGGGCUUGGAUGAUGUUUCCAAUAAAGCAUAUGAGGAUGCCGAAGCAAAAGCAAAAUAUGAAGCCGAAGCUGCCUUCUUCGCCAACCUGAAACUGUCUGACUUCAACAUCAUUGACACCCUUGGAGUUGGAGGUUUUGGAAGAGUUGAGCUGGUCCAGUUGAAAAGUGAUGAAUCAAAAACGUUUGCAAUGAAGAUACUAAAGAAACGCCACAUAGUAGACACAAGACAACAGGAGCACAUACGCUCAGAGAAGCAGAUCAUGCAAGGGGCGCACUCAGAUUUUAUUGUGAGGCUGUACAGGACAUUCAAGGACAGCAAAUAUUUAUAUAUGUUGAUGGAAGCUUGUUUAGGAGGAGAGCUUUGGACAAUUCUCAGGGACAGAGGUUCAUUUGAAGAUUCUACAACCAGAUUUUAUACAGCAUGUGUGGUAGAAGCUUUUGCCUAUCUGCAUUCCAAAGGAAUCAUUUAUAGGGACCUCAAGCCAGAAAACCUCAUCCUAGAUCAUCGAGGUUAUGCCAAACUGGUCGAUUUUGGCUUUGCAAAAAAAAUAGGAUUUGGAAAGAAAACAUGGACUUUUUGUGGAACUCCAGAGUAUGUAGCCCCAGAGAUCAUCCUGAACAAAGGUCAUGACAUUUCAGCAGACUACUGGUCACUGGGAAUCUUAAUGUAUGAGCUCUUGACUGGCAGUCCACCUUUCUCAGGCCCAGAUCCCAUGAAAACCUAUAACAUCAUACUAAGGGGGAUUGACAUGAUUGAAUUUCCAAAGAAGAUUGCCAAAAAUGCUGCUAACCUAAUUAAAAAACUAUGCAGGGACAACCCAUCAGAAAGAUUAGGGAACUUGAAAAAUGGAGUCAAGGAUAUUCAAAAGCACAAGUGGUUUGAAGGCUUUAACUGGGAAGGUUUAAGAAAAGGUACAUUGACGCCUCCUAUAAUACCAAGUGUUUCAUCUCCCACAGAUACAAGCAAUUUUGAUAGUUUCCCUGAGGACAACGACGAACCACCACCUGACGACAACUCAGGAUGGGACAUAGACUUUUAAUGUAUCUCUCUUACCUGCUUCUGCCUUGCUGAAGACAGCUUCCUGAGACAUGGCUGCCAGCAGACCUGAAGGAAUUGGGAAGGAUUAGUGCUCGGGGUCACCAUGAUGCCUUGAUUGAUGCUGCUACAGUAACUACAGUGGCAUUAGGACUUAUUGCUUAGAUGACAAUAGUGCUCUUCACAUGUUUUCUGUUUGAACUUACCAUAGCAGUUGACAUGGUGGUCCUGAAGCAAAGCCUUUUUCACUGGUAAAUAAAUGUGUUUUCUAUCACUGUAAUGAAUUUGUUAUGCUUCAGUCAUAAUUUGAAAGUUGAGUAAGAUGCACAUAAUUCUAGCUGCAAGAUCGUUUUUCUUUAUGGUUGAAUUCUCAAUUAUGAAAUAUUAAGUACUGUAGUUUAUUCUACACUGUAAGAUCUACAGUAUAGAAUCUGGGGUCAUCCCAAACUGCAAAAUGAGUCUGUGAGGGUCUCUUCAAGGAGGCCCAUGUAUGGAGGACCACAAAGCAAUCAAGUUGAGAAGCUUAUGUCAAAGCAGUGCUAUGAGUUG